UUUUGACAAGUGAAAAAUCGUUAAUAAAAAUAAAUAAAUAAAUGCAUUUAAAAACAAACAAACAGUGAAAGUAGCGUAACGUGUGACGUCACCGCGCAGAGCGUCGUUUCCAUUCAGGGCGGGAAAGACGCGGCUCGGACAGGGAGAGGAGCGGAUACACGUAUCCUCUGUACUAGAGACAGACAGGCAGACAGACAGGCAGGCAGGCAGGCAGGCAGGCAGACAGACAGACAGACAGACAGACAGACAGACAGACAGACAGACAGACAGACAGGAUGAAUGUGUAUUUCUGUGGGAGUAUCCGCGGCGGGAGAGAUGACGUGCACGUUUACCGGAGGAUCGUUCAGAAGCUGCAGAGCUACGGGAGCGUGCUGACCGAGCACGUGAGCUGCAGCGAGCUCACAGACAGAGGAGAGGCCCUGGCAGCAGACCGAGACAUCCACGACCGAGACGUGACCUGGCUCCAGCAGGCUGACGUGAUUGUUGCCGAGGUAACCCAGCCGUCUCUAGGUGUGGGUUACGAGCUCGGCCGAGCCGUCGACAUGAAGAAGAAGAUCCUGUGUCUGUUCAGACCGUCGUCAGGGCGACGUCUGUCGGCGAUGAUCCGUGGCGCCGAGGACGGCGAGAUGUUCACCGUGAAAGAUUACAGAGAAGAAGAAGUGGAGAAGGUUCUGGAAGAGUUCUUCAACAACCUGAAGAGAACCUGAAGAAGAACUUCAGCAAAUAAAGAACCAAAUGUUUCAGAAAACAA